CCAUUAGCCACCGCUGGAAGUGUAACACAGAUAAGCUAGCGGCUCCACGGCGGCCUCCAUGGACGACGGCGAAGCAGUUCGCCGCGGGAACGGCGCGUGGGAGAUCGUCCUGCAGGUCCGGCCAGACCCAACCACGGCGUGGUCCGACCGCUACGUGAAGCUUUUCCUGCUGUGGUCGGCGGCCAUCGCGGUGUCCGUGGCGAUCUACGUCUUCACCGGCUACGUCUGGGGCUCCGUCGCCACGGCCGCGUUCCUGGUGGCCGGGUGCUGGAUCACGUGCUGCUGCUACCUCAAGGCUGCGCCGCCGGAGCCGCCGCUGCUCCCGGUGGAUGCCGCCAUCGUUGGCCCGCUGCGGGUCGCCGUGCCGGCGGUCAACUGCGGCGGCAGCAGCGCUAGCGGCCUCAGCCAGGCGGAGGUAGAGGGCGCCAUCCCGGUGUUCGAGUACUGCCGGAAGGCUGCGGCGGAGCAGUGCGCAGUGUGCAUCAACGUCGUGCGAGACGGGGAGGCGGUGAGGCGGCUGCCGGCGUGCGCGCACACGUUCCAUGCGCCGUGCAUCGACGGGUGGCUGCGCGCGCACGCCACCUGCCCGAUGUGCCGUGCCGACGUCAAGGUUGCUGCUGUGGGUGUGGGGCUGCCGGCAGAGUCGUCGCCGGCAGCGUAGUAGUAGUACUUGGGUUACUCUGCUCUGUGCGUCACGUACGUACGUUGAAACCGUACGUAUACCCAGCAUGCUCUUCACCAUUUCUCCUUAAUUUAGAGUUAGUACAACUUGGGAAUCGAAAUUUUGACGUCCAACUUAUAUGUGGCAUUGGCAACUAUAAAAUCGUGAAAAUUUGCC